AUUCUCUUCCCCUCCGCGCGCUCUGAUUGGACGGCGCGCGUGGCCUGAGAGGGACAAGCGAGGCUUGGGGUUGGCUGUGCCGCGCGCCCCGUUUGGCAGCUGAGGGGAAGAAGCCUGGGUUGCAACUCCUUCGUCCCUCUGCUUUCCGAUCAAGGAUGUGGCUCCUCAUAGUCGCGGCAAGUUUGAUCCAAGGACUUGCAACUUCAGAAAACUUUGUGAGAAGACAAAUGUCGACGAGCACUAUAAGCUAUUUAACGCUGCCCAUUCUUUCCUUUCCCUCCCAGAGCGAAAUUAUUUCAUUCAGAGGAUAUCCCAGCGAGGAAUAUGAAGUGGUGACAGAUGAUGGGUAUAUCCUGAGUAUUAACAGAAUCCCUCAUGGGAAAAUAAAUCAGUGGAACAAGGGUCCCAAGCCUUCAGUGUUUCUGCAGCACGGCUUGCUUGCUGCUGGCAGCAACUGGGUGACAAAUCUGGACUACAACAGCCUGGGCUUCAUACUGGCUGAUGCUGGCUAUGAUGUUUGGCUAGGAAACAGUAGAGGGAACACCUGGUCCAGAAAACACAUACACUAUACAGCAGACCAAGAAGAAUUCUGGAUGUUCAGUUUUGAUGAAAUGGCUAGAUAUGACCUUCCCGCUUCAAUAGAUUUUAUCCUGAACAACGGACAGGAGCAAAUAUUUUAUGUUGGCCAUUCACAGGGCACCAUAAUGGCGUUCAUUGCAUUUUCAACCAUGCCACAGCUAGCAAAGAAGGUAAAGAUGUUCUUUGGACUGGCGCCGGUAGCCACUGUAAAGUUUUCAACCAGCCCGUUAGCCAAGAUUGGAGUGUUUCCUGAACUGAUGUUCAAGGCAAUGUUUGGAACUAAGCAGUUUCUCCCUCAGAACAAAGUUAUGAGCUGGCUUGCUACUCACUUAUGUGACCAUUUCAUAUUUGAUUAUCUUUGCGGCAAUGUUUUCUUCCUACUAUGUGGGUUUAAUGAGAAAAACUUAAAUAUGACUCGAGUAGAUGUAUAUUCAACACACUGUCCAGCUGGGACAUCUGUUCAGAACAUGCUGCACUGGGCUCAGGCUGUGAAGUCCGGGCAGUUCAAAGCCUUUGACUGGGGUAGCAAGAAAGCAAACAUGGCUCACUACAACCAGCCAACACCACCUUUCUACAAAGUAAAGGAGAUGACUGUUCCAACAGCUCUCUGGACUGGCGGUCAUGACUGGCUUGCUGACCCAAAGGACAUUGCCCUAUUGAUGACUCAGGUCCCGAACUUAGUUUACCACAAGAAUAUCCCUGAAUGGGAACAUCUGGAUUUCAUCUGGGGCCUCGAUGCCCCACAGCGCAUGUACAAAGAUAUAAUUGAACUGAUGCAGAAAUAUCAAUAAGGCCACAUCAUCCUAGGAGCUGCAAUUCUGAAGCAUUUCUUCAAUAAACUAGCAUGAACACGCUCCUUUAAAAAAAAAA